AUGGAACUACUCCAGUCCUUCUUAUUGUCGCAAUCUCUCGCCUCCUCUCGCCUCCUCUCAGAGUCAGCUAUACGUAGUCGACCAACCUUUCCAGCUGCGAUCCGUAAUAUUCCUUGGCACCUCAACUCCACCAUCGACCCUAACUUCGCCUCGAACCCCGACUUCACAUACUACCACGAUCUCACCUACGAUUUCGGCUUACUCAAUCAUGCAGCGAAAAUGGCUCCACUCAGUUGCCCGGGGUUGGAGAGGGGAGUGCUCGAGUCGAAGCGGAGAGUGAGCAUCGCGAGCAAACUCAAUGCGAAGGGCAGCGGGACUUGA